AUGGGCGGAGCACAUGACGUAAGACGAGAACAACGAGAGAAUGCCAUUGACAGGUGCUGCUCAGACAUUGAAGCAGCUGAUUUUGUGGCCUUGGACUUUGAAUUCUCUGGAUUGUUUCUGGAUGAGGGUAGAUCCAGACAUUCUUCUUUGGAAAAGUAUUUCGCCAGGUGCACCAAGAGCAUUCCCCAGUUCUUGCCACUACAAAUAGGGAUAUGUUGCGCUCGGCAGCGCAUGCAAGACAAAGUCUGGGAGUUGCGGUCGCACGAGUUCAACCUUUGGCCGAGCACGCGACAGCUGUUUAUGUCUGACUUCAAGUCGUUGCGAUUCCUGCGAGAAAACGGCUUUGACUUUAACUCCUAUCUGGAGUUUGGGUUUUCGUAUUCUCGACUGCCGGAGGCUCACCAGUCAAAGAAGGCACGUAAGUUCAAUGCCAAUCAGCUGGUACAGGCGCUGCGGGAUUGCAAGGUGCCUUUGGUGGUUCACAACGGGUUCCUCGAUCUGCUUCAUCUCUUCCAUAGCUUUAUUGGCGACUUACCCAGUGAGUGCUGCGACUUCUUUCAAAGCUGGGUCCAGCAUUUCCCAAGUACAUUUGACACGAGGCUGCUGGCACAGGAAGGCCAGUACAAGAUCCUGAGAGGCAGUGGACUCACGCUGGAGGCUCUGCAUGGGCAGCUGAGGGAGCUCGGACGUGUGCGGAUCGAAUGCCAUGGGCCCCUCGAGGAAGAUGGGCCAUGUCACGGGUCCUCGGGGCACGACGCCCUCCUCACAGCCAAGGUGUUCAUCUGGGAGCUGGAUUGCUGGAUUCAUGCAGACUCCAUCGAAGCUGAGCAGAAGAAGCGACGGAGGAAGCGCGUCAACGAGCUGGAGAAUGUGCUGCUUGCGAUGAGCUGGCAGGAGGUGCACAAGCUCGCCGACAAGGUGGGGGUGAGCGUAUAUCGCUCCAUCGUUCAUGGCCGGAUUGGUGGGCCGCACGGUGCCCGACGUCCAUUAGCUGAAAUACGCACUGCCAUAGCCGCUGUGCAGUACGCCAAAGAAUUGGAUGAGCAAAGGUGUCAAGAGGAGGCUGUCCGCGAUCCUGGCAUCAGCCUUUUGAGUGAGCCUGGUCCUGCUCUGACACCAGAUCUGCUCGUCUCACACAAGGUCUGCAAGAGAUUUCGCAACUGCCUGGCUGUCGUGGGUGCUUCUCCUGGCCAUGUCUGUUUGGAUGACCCUGUGCUGGGCGUGGGCUAG